AUGGGCAACAAAGGUGCCAAGAAAGGAGUACCAUCAGAACUGACACCUCGACAAAUUGCAAUGCUCAAAGCAACUACCAAAUAUACUGAACCGGAAAUUCGACAGUGGCAUGCUAGUGUUCUUCAAGAGUCUCCAACGGGCAAACUCAACAAAAAACAAUUUGUUGAAGCAUACAAAAGGUUUUAUCCGGGAGCAAAAGCAGAUACUUACUGCCAGCUUGCCUUUUCCGUCUUUGAUGCUAAUAACGAUGGAACAAUUGAUUUCAAUGAAUAUCUUCUUGCUGUUGCUGCAGCAUCUCAAGGUGAUUUAGAUGAUCGACUUGAUGUUGCAUUCGAUAUUUGCGAUACUUCAGAUGAUGGGCAAAUCAAUCAAAAAGAAUUGGCUACGAUGAUUACGGCUGCUUAUGAUCUACGAGGUGAAACUGAUCGAAAAGGAGAUCAUGAUCCUAAGAAGCGUGCUGCAGAAAUCAUCAGCAGACUGGAUAUUGGUGGAGAUAAGAAAUUGAGCAAGGCCGAGUUCAUAACUGGAUGCAAAAACGAUCCAGUUCUCUGCCAUUUAUUGGCACCCAAUGUUCAUUGA